GGUACAGCCAUGCUAUUACUACUACUAUCGCUACUUCUGCAAUUUCUCAAGUUGUCAACAGGGAACCGUAACUAACACAGCUAAACGUUUCUCGUAAUGUAAAGCUGCACUCUGAAGCUCAUGUGAUUUCUGUCAAAAGAUGGUGUGACAGCUUGAAUGUUUAUAAUUAUUUUGGACUCAAGAAAACAAGAUGUCUUCUGGUAGUGGGCCCGAGGCUGCCGCCAUUCAGGUCCUUACGCGAGCCGUUCAGCUUGACACAGAAAAGAAGUUUGCUGAAGCUUUAGCAUGUUAUGAACAAGGCAUCAGAUUGUUACUCCAGGCAGCUAAAGAAGUGAAAGAUGAAACCAAACGUAACCAUUUCCGAAAGAAAACUGAAGAAUAUUUAGCACGCGCUGAAGCUAUGAAAGAAGCUGUGAACAAGAUACGUACGCUUGGACGCACUCACAAACAGAUUCAAAUAGAAGAUAAUUCAACUGGCCACAGUUAUGAAAGUAUAUUUGGGCCUCUAAUUGACAAAACUCUCUCCUCUGUUGUAGUUGAAGAUGCCUACAUACGUUACACCCACCAGAUUUAUAACUUUCUUCAGUUCUGUGAGCUCUUAGUGCAUAAAGCUGAGUGCUUGCGGUCCAUUUGUCUCCAAACCACGCGUGAUCCUAACCCGGCAGAACAUAAAACUCAGCAUCAGAGAUUAGAAGAGAUUGGAGCAUCUCUGGCAAAGCACAAUGUUAAGUUAUCCAUUGAAUAUUCUGACUCUAUUCAUGACCGAGAAAUCAGAUUUGACAAUGGCUGGAUUAUCAAGAUUGGACGAGGACUUGACUAUUUUAAAAGGCCCGAGUCAAAGUUUUCAAUAGGCUGGUCAAAUCACCACUUUCGAAAGUGUCACCAGACAACUGUAGACAUAUUUCAUCAACAGACUGUGAGAUAAGAAUUCCCCAGUUUAUCUGCCUUCGAUUCUGCAGAUUAGAAAGUGCCUUGUAUUUUAUAUCAGUGAUUACAAGAAUGCAUUUUAUUACCACUCCGUAGAACAGUCUUAAAUCUCAUGUUCAAUUUCAUAGAUUUCAUUUAUACAUUGAGAUUCAGAGGUACUAUAAUAUAGUGUAGGGAAAUAAAUGGACUGUGAUAAGAAAAGGCUUCAAUGAGAUGUAUUGUUAUCCCUGUUUCAUCCAAGGUGAACAUUUUUCCUUUAGAUAAUUUUAGGUUAGCUUUUACUGACGGUAUCACAAAACCUGAUCUCAUAGUAUAGUGCUGGCACGGGUUUAGAAAAACUUGUUUUUUAAAGGGCCUUCACCUCUAGAUAUAUUUUAAAGAACUCUAUACUGGAACACAAUGAAAUGGUGAUUUUCUUGCCACAUUACAAAUACAGUAGUAACUGUACUCAUAUGUUGCAGUGAAUGCAUGAACAUAUGUAUGAUGAAUUAUUAGGGCACUUUUAAACUUGACUUGAAGAGUUGUGAUGAUGAAGAGAUCAAAUUCUUACCCUAAAAGAUUUUUACAGUAACAAAAUGAAUUGUAUCGAUAUCAAAGUUUCAAGUAGUAUUUUCGUACAUGCUCAACCUGACCAAUAAAGUUCCAUUGACACUGCAUUAAACUUUGGUGUAACAGAAUAUAUUCACGCUCACAUUUAUCCCACAAUAAAUUAAGGUUUGCACAGUUAAAAAGUGAAAUAUAGUGUUAAGUACCAGUAUUAUUAAAGUAUAACAGUGAUUAAUUCUGAUUAUGAAUGGGUUACGUUCUACAUACAUAACAUUUAAUUUCCCCUUACAAUUUAGAGGGCAAGGAAAUUAAUGGUGUGCCAUAUAAUAUGAUUGUUAAAGUAUGGUCAAGUGUACAAAUUUAGCCUGCUGACUAUACCACAUGUGAUUUUUGUUAUGCCUAGCAGGUCCAACCAUGAGACAUCAAUUUAAAAUAGUGUGGUUUCAUAACUAGUUUAGUGUAGAUAUUAGAUCAGUUUAACAAAAUGUAUUUCUAUUUAUUUUGAAAUUUCUAUUUCCCAUUGCAAAGAUAGUGUAGGGAGAUCUAAAACUGAAUACAAUUAGCUGACAAGUAAAAUCAAAUACAAAAAGUUGUAUCAUUUGUUAUUAGUACCCUGUGAUUGAUACACUUGAAAGAUGUCUAGAAAAGGCGUCAGAAGUAAUAAUACAGUACAUACCAGGCAUCCUUUCUACUUAUAACUGGCUAUAUUAUCCACAUAGGCUAGUUUGAGAAGUUCUUACAACUGCCCAAGUUCAUUCGUAAGAUUAUACUCUAUUUCAAGUAACGAUAAUGUGUUUCGAUGAUGUAAUGAUAAAUCUUUCAUGUACCCUGCCACACAAAUAUAGAACAAUAAUGUGUUAGCAGGCCUAAAAUCUCAUAUCAGAAAUGAACGCAGUAGUACAUUAGGCUUAUACUUAUUGUUUAGGUAGGCAACUGUCAUUAUUAUUAUUCAGAAAAAUGAAUACUUUGGGAGAGCAGACCCAUGGCAUGGUUAAAAAUGAAAGUUUCACUGUUUGUUUUUCUUUACCAUCUAGAUAAUAACAGAUAAGAAACUUAAUAAUAACCUAUAGCUGGGAGAGAGUGAAAAUCAAGGAAAAGAGGGCUAUUCAUAAUUUUUCAAGAACAUGCUUCCCAGAAUAGGGAUGCAUUUUAUAUGAUGGAAAAUAUGGUAUUUAUGUUACCUGAGAUCUAAGGAUUACAAAGUCAUAGGUUUCUUAAUCUUUUAUCAUAGUAAAAAUACUACAUGUGCUUGUAGGACUGUUUUUUAUAAUUUUUUAACUAAAUAUAGGAAGGGUGUCUCUGUCUUUAAUGUCAUGAGAAUUGAUAAUAAACUUUGUGACGAGCAA